AUGUCUAAAAGACAAAACAUACCUGAACAAACUGAAAUAAGUAAUAAAAGAACACAAUUCGAAUGCAACUUAGACGAUAGUCAAGAAAUGGAUAUUUUGAAUGUAGAUGAACCUAAUAUAAGAAAAGACCUUGAUGUACAACUUUACAACCAUAAAAGUGCUUACUUAAAUUAUAACGAAUCUACUGAAGGACAAGACGUAGAAUUUUUCGAAUUUACUAAAGGACAAGAUGUAGAAUUUUUUAGUUCUGCAGAUGAUUCCCAAAGCAGUAACACAUCCGAUAAUGAAUACAUAAUGUCCGAUCUGUCAGACACUACAGACAUUGAUGCUAAUGAAUAUAUUGAAUAUAAUCAUUUGUUUUCUGAAAAGUCAAAGGAUUCCGAAGACAUAUAUCAGGAAUUCCCAUCAGAGGAAUACGCUGAAUUUAUAAAUAUAGUAAUACAGUUCCGUGUGCAAGAUUCACUUGCAAAUAUCUUUAUAAGAUUCUUCAAUAAAUACUCGAAUCGUAACGAUUACCUACUUCCAACAACAUCGCAAGUUGGGAAAACUUUUAUUGAAAAUCUCAAACUUCCAGGCUUCGGAUGGAGAAAAGAAGUUAUUUAUAAGUAUGAAGGGUUAGAAUACGUCCUUGAAUUCAGGACUGUGCUUGACGGGAUACAUCAAAUCUUACUCAACAAAAGUAUUACUGAAGAAUUUAUAUUCAAAUUUAAGUUGUCUGUUGAUAACGUAGAAUGUCAAUAUUGA